CCAGCCUCGACCUCCUCGUCUCGUCUCGUCUCGUCUCUUGCCCUCUUUCGCCUCCGAUGGAGAGGAGAGAGAUGGAAAUGGAAAUGGAAAUGGAAGUGGUAAUGGAAAAGAAAGUGGAGCGGCUGCUGAACCGGGUGUCAUUGGUCUUCGCCGCCAUCGCCACCCUCGCCCUCCUCCACCUCUUCUCCCACUCCUCUCUCUCCUGCGCCCCCGCCCCUCUCCCCACCGCCCACCGCGCCCACGGCCGCAGCCAACCCCAGAACCCAAAACCAGCCCAUUCCUCCCCCCGCUCGUCCUGCGACGCCGCCUCCCGUGAGGUCCUCACCCCCGAUAAGCGCUUCGCCAAGCUCCGCUCCUCCCGCUCCUGGCGCCGACGCGCCGACGCCUAUGCCGCCCUCUUCUCUAGCCUUCGCUCCCCCACCCUCCUCUCCAACGCCUCCCACGUCCUCUGUGUCUCCGCCGGCGCCGGCCACGAGGUCGCCGCCCUCCAGGAGUCCGGCGUAUCGGACGUCACCGGCGUCGACCUCGUCGACUUCCCCCCGCUGGUUCGCCGCGCCGACCCGCACAACCUGCCCUUCUUUGAUGACGUCUUCGAUAUCGCCUUCAGCGCUGGCCUAGCCGGAGCGUUGUUCCCCACCCGCUUCGUGGCCGAACUGGAGCGCACCGUCCGCCGGGGCGGGGCCGUCGUCCUUGCCGUGGACCGCCCGUCCUCCGCCCAGGAGGCGGAGGGGAUCAAGGCCUUAUUCAGAAGAUCAACCCUUUUGGAGGCUAGGAAUACAACCAUGCUUGGAUCUGAAAUGACGCUGUUCAUAAUGAAAAAUAAUGGUAAAAAACGCUCGACUUGACGGUGGUUCGCUUUUAUGCAACUGCAUACUCUUUCAUUGAUUUAGAUAUAUUAACGAUGAAAGAGAUUAGAUCUGUAGAUGUUUGUUUCUGUUGUAUAUAAUGCAUGCAAAUCACUAACAUGAGUGAUUUGUUCAUUUGAAAGAGAAAAGAGAAAGCUGCUUUUUAUGUAAAUUAUGCUCAACUAGCUUACAAUUUAUUUAUCAUUCAUAUUCAUUCACAUUGUGUUUUGAAUUAGUUUAACAAAUUUCGAAACCUUGAAGUUGUAACAAGGAUAAAGGCUUGUUGUCCUGUUGUAGCUGUGCUCUAUUCUUUGAUGCCUUCAAAUGGCUAAGUUCUUGUAUCUUUGACCCUUCAUGAUACUGAAUA